CAAGUUGAUUCAACCUUGCCUGACCUGAAGAGAGUAUGAGUUCAUUUGACCUCCAAACGCAGUCACCCCCUCGAUGCAGCCCUCAGUUCCCCAGCAUUGGUCAGGAGCCCCCAGAGGUGAAUAUCUUCUGUGAAAACUUCUUCCACCAGCAGAACGCUCAGCGGCCGUCCAACUAUGACAUUGAGGACUACAGUUCAUCCGGAAACCCCUACCUCUGGCUGAACGGACCCCCAAUGAACUCCUCGUCUUACCUGCCUGGUUCCAAUGGCAGCCCCUUCAUCCCGCAGUCGUAUGGGAUGCCCAGGCAGUUCCUCCCCAACAGUGGCAGCUUGGGGGGCUCGGAUCUGGGCUGGCUCUCCAUCCCCAACCAGGAAGAGCUGCUGAAGCUGGUGAGACCCCCGUACUCCUACUCGGCUCUGAUUGCAAUGGCGAUCCAUGGAGCUCCGGACAAGAGGCUGACCCUCAGCCAGAUCUAUCAAUACGUGGCCGACAAUUUCCCCUUCUACAAUAAGAGCAAAGCUGGCUGGCAGAACUCCAUCCGACACAACCUCUCACUCAACGAUUGCUUCAAGAAAGUCCCCAGAGACGAGGAUGAUCCAGGGAAGGGAAAUUACUGGACCCUGGACCCCAACUGUGAAAAAAUGUUCGACAACGGAAACUUCCGGCGCAAGAGGAAGAGGAAGUCUGAUCCCAACUCCUCAGCCAGCAAUCUCGGAGCUGAGAAAUCUGACGACAGUGCCCACAAGGCUCCCCAGAGUCCUGGAAUCCCAGACACCUCCUCUGCUCGGACAGGAACCUCUCCAGAAAAGAAAUCCCCAGCUCCCCUUUCGGCUCCCUGCCUCAGCAACUUCAUUUCCAGUAUGUCCACAUACAACAAUCCACCAGGAGGGAGGCAAGCUCCCCUUGGACUAGUCAGUGAUACUUCCCAGAGAAUGGGACAGGGCAUGAUGGGCUUCAGUUCGUACUCGCCUUCCGGGAACAUCUUGAGCCAGUCCGGGACAGAAUGGUCCGACCCGGGAACAUCAAACCAUUACGGAUACUCUUCAGUCCUAAACCAGUUCAACAAUCACUUCUACAACAGCAUCAAUGCCAACAGUCUGUUGUAUUCCAGGGAAGGUACAGAGGUGUGAAUGGAAGAUUUGCACAAUGAAGGAUCGAUGUAAAAAAUCAAUAAUUACAACAACAGAAAAAAAAUCCAUUUGAUGCUGUGUAGUUUAUUUAUGAGAAAACAUUUCAUGAGAAUUGUAUUCCAGUGUUUUAACUCUAUAAUUGGUUUAAGAGGAUACUUGUGUCACUUAAAACCAAUGAUCUUGAAGCUUGGGGAGAGCAGUUGUAUAUUGUGGUGUUUCAGGAGACUCUAUAAUGUUUGGACUGAGGUUCUGAAUAAGUAACAUUGACAUCAAUGAGACCAUAUGACCCAGGAGCACAAUAGCCCAUUUAGUCUGCUCCAUCAUUCAAUGAGAUCAGGAUAAUGAUCUGAUGAUCCUCAACUCCAUUUUCCUGCCUUUGCCCCUUAACUGAUUAAAAAUCUGUCUGUCUCAAUCUUGGGUAUAAUUAACAGCCCUUUGCGGUAAAGAAUUAAUAGACCAUUUCCAAAUCUCCAGGCCCACAACAUUCAAACAGAGUCCAUGACUAUCAGAGAAAAGUUGGGAUUGGAUUUGAGAGUUACAUUUUCCAGGGCUAACAGGCUCCCUUGGCCACUGGAUCAAAGUUCACAUGCCACAUUAACGCAAUACUUUCUGAGCCCAUCCCAACAAGGCAGCCUCAGAUUGGGCGGCGUGGUGUCUCAGUGGUUAGCACUGCUAGCCUCACAGUGCUAAGGACCCAGGUUCGAUCCCACCCUCGGUCGACUGUCUGUGUGGAGUUUGCACA